AUAUGAUAAUUAUAUUCAUAUUCCCUAAAUUCUAGAAAUAUUUUUUUGUUCGACUAGUAAUUAAUAGGGAAAAGUAUUAUAGUAAAAAAAAAAUAAUAAAGCACAAUUAAAACUGACAAAGUCAAACGAUUAUUUCAUUUUGAUUGAAAUAAAGAAUGCCUUUUGAGUGUCUUUCUAAAUCAAGAUGGUGUUUAAUUUGAUAAUUGGUGUUAUCGGGAAUUUGUACGUAAUCAAUGCUGCUUUGACCGGAUAAGAAUAAAAAAGCUGUUUGUCUAGAAAUUGUGUGAUUAAGCACAAAUUGUCGUCACUUAUCGAAUCAAAAGUAACGUAGUAGAGUCGAGUAUUUCGUACACAUAUCUAUUAAUCGAGAAUAACAUAAAUGCCAUAUCGAAGACUACAAUAUUAGCACACAACGAUGGCGUGUAUCAUUCCUGUUCUAUCGUUCUUUGCCGUUUUAUAUCAAUUUUUUGUCGGAGUGUGUUUUUGCCUGUGGCAUUCAAACGUGACAAACAUAACUCAACCUAUUGGAUAUGCAUUGAAUGAAACGGCGUACAUUACAAACACUGUAUCUCUAUAUAACGAGACUACCUUGGCAAAUUUUACAUAUACGUUAUCUAGUCGUACAGACGAAUUGUUGAGCAAUUCAUCGCAAGAUGAACUACAAAUAGAUUGCUUUGGUCUGGGAAAGACAGUCGCGGCGAGUCUGGAACGGUUCUUUAAGGAAAAACCCAACGGCACCGACGCUUUGGACGUGCAAUUUUUUUUAUCUUCUAGGAAACAACCGCGCCGAGUACAAGUAGUACUCGGCGAACAGUUUGGUUUAGAAUGGACAGAUUUCAGGAUACAACGUAGGACGGUAAUCAUAAUACAUGGUUUCCUAUCUCACAGCCAAGAAACUUGGAUUAAGGAUAUGGAAAAGGCAUUUCUCGAGUGGGAUGAUGUUAACGUGGUCGUAAUAGAUUGGAGCACCGCUGGUAACACAUGGAAUUAUUAUAAGGCAGCGGUUAACACCAGAAUAGUGGGAUAUCGAGUAUCAAAAUUUAUAGAACAUGUAACAAAUGCUACGCUCACUAAAGACGAACCGGAUGUAAAUAAUUGGGGUCCUUUACAUCUGAUAGGACAUAGUCUUGGCGCUCACAUUUGCGGAUUUGUCGCAAAGGAGCUGAAAAAGAGACAGACCGAAUGGAUUGUACGGAGAAUCACCGGUCUGGACCCGGCGCAGCCGUGUUUCCGCAAGACUGACGCGUCUGUUCAUUUGCACAAAAACGAUGCGCCAUUCGUUGAUGUAAUACAUACAAAUGGCAAAUUACUCACGAGUAUGGGUCUCGGCUUACCCGAAGCUAUAGGCCACAUUGAUUUCUAUCCAAACGGCGGUAAAAUGCAACCUGGUUGUAUAAGGACAAAUUCAUCGUACUUCGAUUAUCUACAGAUCCCGAUGAUUGCGAUGCAACAGGCGAUAUGUAGCCACGGACGUUCUUACGUCUACCUCACCGAAUCGUUGACGUCUGCUACUGCGCGCAAUUGCAGUUUCUGGGCACAUCGGUGGGAUUUGACAUACAGGCAUCUUUUUCAAAUAAUUGCGGAACCAUGCGAUACAAACGUUUGUACAGAGAUGGGCAUUAGGGCGGAAUUGUAUGAUCAGCGCGGUACCUUUUUCGUAGCUACUGCCAGCACCAGUCCAUUUUGCGCUAAUAGCACCGACAUCAUACGAGAAGUCAGGGAGCAAUUGCAACAAGAUCACUUUGAUGAGUUGGAGGAUUGAGCAGAAAACUUAUGUAUUUGUAAAUAAAAGUGUUAUCAGUUCUGUGUGUAAC